UACGUCGCAGUCGGUAUUCUCCAAGGAGAACGUACGCAUUAUUCCUCUGACGUUUUCGCGUCAAUUAUUCGCCUUUGCGUCGAAUAAUGUGCGUAUCCCACUACUACCACUUUACAGAGUUGGUGCCGAGUUUGUUAGAGGGAAUGUCAAGCGGACAAACAUUGGUUAGUGAGGCAAACGGGAACGGCGGCGUAAUGGCUCAACAGAAGAACCUGGAGGGCUAUGUGGGCUUUGCAAAUCUUCCCAACCAAGUUUACAGAAAAUCAGUGAAGAGAGGUUUUGAGUUCACACUCAUGGUUGUGGGGGAAUCUGGGCUGGGGAAGUCGACGCUGAUCAACUCACUCUUUCUGACAGACCUGUACUCCCCUGAAUACCCAGGUCCUUCGCAUAGAAUAAAAAAAACUGUACAGGUGGAACAGUCAAAGGUUCUGGUAAAGGAAGGAGGAGUCCAGCUUCUGCUUACCAUCGUUGACACCCCCGGCUUUGGUGACGCUGUUGACAACAGUAACUGCUGGCAGCCAGUCAUUGAUUACAUCGACAGUAAGUUUGAGGAUUACCUCAAUGCAGAGUCACGGGUCAACAGACGACAAAUGCCAGACAACAGAGUACACUGCUGCCUGUACUUCAUUGCCCCGUCCGGACAUGGACUGAAACCCCUGGAUAUUGAAUUCAUGAAACGGUUACACGAAAAAGUAAACAUCAUCCCCCUCAUCGCCAAAGCCGACACAAUGACUCCUGAGGAGUGUCAACAGUUCAAGAAACAGAUCAUGAAAGAAAUCCAGGAGCACAAAAUCAAAAUUUACGAGUUCCCAGAGACAGAUGACGAGGAGGAGAUGAGGAUGAUCAGGAAAAUCAAGGAUCGUUUACCCUUGGCUGUAGUUGGUAGUAACACCACCAUCGAGGUCAACGGAAAGCGAGUGCGAGGGAGGCAGUACCCAUGGGGCGUGGCUGAAGUGGAAAAUGGAGAACACUGUGAUUUUACAAUCCUCCGGAACAUGCUCAUCAGGACCCACAUGCAGGACCUGAAGGAUGUGACAAACAACGUUCACUAUGAAAACCACCGUAGCAAGAAACUGGCUGCAGUCACCUACAACGGUGUGGACAACAAUAAGAACAAAGGACAACUCACCAAACCUGAGACGGCUGACGGCAUGAGUCCUCUAGCCCAGAUGGAGGAGGAGCGACGGGAUCAUGUGGCCAAGAUGAAGAAGAUGGAACAAGAAAUGGAGCAAGUGUUUGAGAUGAAGGUCAAAGAGAAGCUCCAAAAGCUCAAAGACUCUGAGGCUGAGCUCCAGAGGCGUCAUGAGCAAAUGAAAAAGAACCUAGAGGCCCAGCACAAAGAACUUGAAGAGAAACGUCGCCAACACGAAGAGGAGAAGGCCAGCUGGGAGGCCCAGCAGAGGAUUCUGGAGCAGCAGAAGCUAGAUGCCUCCAGGACCUUGGAAAAGAACAAAAAGAAGAAGAUAUUUUAAUAACUCUGGAGGACCUACCCGAUGUUACAGUGUAUUCUUUUUUUCCAGCCUGCCAGCCUUGAUUGUCAGAACAUCUGCCGAUCAGCUACAUCAGUUACAGUAUACAGUUUGACCAUAUUACUGUGUAAUAAUCAAGUGAGAGCCAGGGGGCAGUAUUGUCUGGACUCUGAAUUUAACCAACCGCUCUCCUCCCUCAUGUUCCAUUAAUUACUGUCCUAUUUUUUUGGGUCACUGCUCGCAUAAACAAGUAUAUUCACACAAGACAAUUGAUUAAAUGAUUCACAUAAGAGUUCAGUCAUUCUUUCCUCUUUUCCUCUUCUACUUGGGAAUUUUGGAUGUGUCACUGUUCUGUGCUGUGUCCUUUUUAAUGCCAAAAAACCAAACACAGAGGCCAGUCUUUCCUGCACAAUGGCAGACAAUGAUGACAGUGCUGAAGCUCACCAGACACUGUUCUCUCUCUCUCACACACACACACACACACACACACACACACACACAUACACACACACUUACAUUUAAUUUCCUCCCACGUUUUUAUGCUCUUCCAUCUCCUGUAAUGUAAAUCGUAUAUCCAUGAAACUGCAGUGUUUAACUUCAGUCAUGUGUAACAUUUUCUUACUCUUUUUCAGUAUUUUCUUUUGUAUUGGCCCUGGUAUAGAAAUUGUGAUAAUUUUGUUUCCAGUAUCAUAGCCAGUGUUUUCUAGCCUUGCUCUUGGAAAACAAACAUGUAUUCCUGACUUCACUCACGCUGAGUGUAACAAACUUAAGAAACUGCUCAUGAAGUUCGAUGUGAACUCAUUUGAACUUCUUGUGCAGAUUCUAUAUUAAAAUGUGUUCCAACAGAAACAGGUCUUUCCAGUGACAGGUUGUGGAAAGUCUUUGUUAGAUGUUGGUAGAUGGGAAAGCUGAAGCUGAGAUUCUUCAUUCAAACAGGUGUCAACUCAGUAACUGUACCAAGCUGGCUUUCUUUAUAUCACAUUUAGCACUGUUUGUGUACUGCAUAUGUAUUUUGUAACGUUUUGGUUUUGUUUUUAUUGUACAAAGUCACAUAAUAAAAUUGUGAUGGGGAAAAAUUA